UGUUUUUCAGUAAGGAUGCACUUGCCAGAGGCAAAGUUCCUGACUCCAUGUCACAAAAUAUGGGAGGUUGGUGGAGCCCCCCCCCCCCCAGCAAACGUUGCCUUCACCUCAGUAUGCAUACAGGAUGGAGGUGAGGCUUGGAAGCACCAAGUGGAAUUAAGAUUCAAAUUUCUAGAGGUGAUAAAACCGUUCUGUGCGGUUUUACCCGAAAUCCAGAAGCCAGAGCGCAGGAUCCAAUUCAGAGAGAAGGUGCUGUGGACGGCCAUCACACUCUUUAUUUUCCUCGUCUGUUGCCAGAUUCCCCUCUUCGGCAUCAUGAGCUCAGAUUCUGCGGACCCCUUUUACUGGAUCCGUGUGAUCCUGGCCAGCAACCGAGGCACGCUCAUGGAGCUGGGUAUUUCUCCCAUUGUCACGUCCAGUCUCAUCAUGCAGCUCCUAGCGGGAGCCAAAAUCAUUGAGGUUGGAGAUACCCCAAAAGACAGAGCUCUGUUCAAUGGGGCACAGAAGCUGUUUGGCAUGAUGAUCACUGUAGGCCAGGCCAUCCUCUAUGUGAUGACAGGCAUGUAUGGAGACCCCUCAGAUCUGGGUGCGGGUGUUUGCCUCCUCAUCAUCAUCCAACUGUUUGUUGCUGGCCUCAUUGUGCUGCUCCUGGAUGAACUCCUGCAGAAGGGCUAUGGCCUUGGCUCUGGCAUUUCCCUCUUCAUUGCCACCAACAUCUGUGAGACCAUUGUGUGGAAGGCCUUUUCACCUGCCACUGUCAACACAGGUCGUGGCACAGAGUUUGAGGGUGCAGUCAUUGCUCUUUUCCACCUUCUCGCUACAAGACAGGACAAGGUCCGAGCUCUCCGUGAGGCUUUCUACCGCCAGAACCUCCCUAACCUCACCAACCUCUUGGCAACAGUUCUCAUCUUUGCAAUUGUGAUAUACUUCCAGGGCUUCCGUGUGGACCUACCCAUCAAGUCUGCUCGCUACCGUGGACAGUAUUCUUCUUACCCCAUCAAGCUGUUCUACACCUCCAACAUCCCCAUUAUCCUGCAGUCUGCGCUCGUCUCCAACCUUUACAUCAUUGCACAGAUGUUGGCUGUGAAAUUCCCAGGCAACUUCUUUGUGGGCCUGCUGGGAGUGUGGGCAGACACAGGCUCUGGAGGCCCAGGGCGGGCCUCCUACCCCAUUGGCGGCCUCUGCUAUUACAUGUCUCCCCCGGAGUCCUUUGGUCACAUUGUGGAGGACCCCUUCCAUGCGGUUGUGUACAUCACCUUCAUGCUGGGCUCAUGCGCUUUCUUCUCCAAGACCUGGAUUGAAGUGUCAGGAUCUUCUGCCAAGGAUGUGGCCAAGCAGCUGAAGGAGCAGCAGAUGGUGAUGCGUGGACACAGGGAGAAGUCCAUGAUCCAUGAGCUGAAUCGCUACAUUCCCACAGCAGCAGCCUUUGGUGGCCUCUGCAUCGGCGCGCUCUCCGUCCUGGCAGACUUCCUUGGUGCCAUUGGCUCAGGCACAGGUAUCUUGCUUGCUGUCACCAUCAUUUACCAGUACUUUGAGAUCUUCGUCAAAGAACAGAGUGAGAUGGGCAGUAUGAGUACUCUUCUCUUCUAGAUUGUGUCCCAGUGAAUUGGUGUCAGUCUCAAAGAGAGAGAGUGAUAAAUAUGUAUAUGUUCUUGUGCUAAACAAAAAAUUCGGAAGAUGGUGCAAGCAACUUUGGGGUGAACUUUACUCAUGAUUGAAUUGAUUUUUUAUAGUGAUCUACUUGCAAGAUUAACUUGCACAUCUUUGAGGUGUGCAAUAGUAUUUAUACUCUCACACUGGAUUUAGGUCAGUGCAGUGUGAAACACGAAGGCCGACUGCUGGAUUCCUUUUUUUCCCCAUCUUGAUGUCUGUGGUGCUGGGGUGACAUAUAAAUAUGGUCUUUUGAACUGUUGGAAGUUAACAUUGAAAUCAACUAUUGUGGCUUAAAAGAGUGGGAAUACAAAGGCAAAGGAACAAUCAUAUACAUGAUUGGUAGUUUGACAAGAAAUCCGGUUGUUUGAAAAGCCAGAUUAGUGAUGGUCAUAAUUGUGCUUUGGGAUUCCUCGGCAUUCAGAGAUGGGCUUAAUUUUAGCAGGAAAUACAGAUUUAGGAUUUCUAAAUCUUGCCAAAGACAGGACUUUAAUAGUUAUGCGAGGUCUCCCACUCUGCUUGAAUGGAAAGCAUUCCAAAAAUGGAAAUGAAUUAUGUUAGUUUUUUGUUAUAAAGUUUAUAUUGUAAAGAAUAAUCUUUAUUUUUUUAUUGCCAGCUUGCCAACCAAGAGACCAAAAGAAACCAAUUACACUAGUCCUUUUUGGUCUUGAAAGCCUUGCUAAGCUGUUAAAGGUCUCAUGCCGUGGACAAUGUGGCAUCAGUUGUGUGAGAGAUUGUCAGUGUUUGUACUUUUUACAAGUAGAUGUAAGGAUGUAAUAUUAAAAAAUAUAUAUAUAUUACAAA